AUGGCACACAAGCGGUAUGAUGCCAAGGAGUGGAGUCUGGAGGAGGCUCGGGUUGCCCAGCCGUGCAAGCAGUGGAUCUCAGUUGAACGAUGGCGGCGUGAAACUCCCCUCGGCGGGUAUACGCUCGUGUGUAACCACGCCAGCGGUCUUCAGAAGGAGCACUGGCAUACGGUCAUGAGGGAUAUAAUCACCAAGCCGUCAGCAGCUCGCGGGCUGUCGUUUGGCACGGGUCAGCCACUCAAGCACAACGUCGAUGCCCAGAUUGACGAUAUCUGGAUGGUAGACGACCUUCACCACGGCGUCUCGGUGGAUCUGAAUGCUGGUAGGCUUGGAGAUGUCCAGUCGUGGGAAGACACUGGACGUGACAUUCUCAACUUUGUCGAGCACGUCCUCCCGACAGUGGCCGCUACAAGCCCAUGGGAACUCGAGUGGACUGCGAGUGGCAAGGGGCCCAAAGUCAUCGGCGUGGGCCACUCGUUCGGCGGCAGCGCCAUGGUCCAUGCAGCCCACGCACGCCCCGACCUCUUUGAGGCCCUCUUCCUCGUCGACCCGAUGGUCCACCCCCUCUUUGUCCCCCGGUACUCGUACUAUGCUCGACCAGUUGAGGGAUACCUUCUCUCCCAGGUUGCGCUGAAGCGGCGGGAUAUCUGGCCCUCGAGCGCGGCCGCUUGCCAGAAGCUCCGUGGGUCCGCAUUCUUCAAGCCAUGGGACGACGAGCAGUUUGACGUAUACAUGGUACGAGGAAUCGUUCCUGUCGACUCUGCGAAUCCAGACGGGCCCGUCACCUUGGCGACGCCCUCGUGGUGCGAGGCGGCCGUCUUCACCGAGCCGGACGCUUGUGCUCGCGGCUGGGACAAGUUGCCAAACCUAGACAUCCCUAUCGGGUGGCUCAUGGCCGGCGACUCGGUCAGUACCCGUGGCGACGAGAUUACGCAGGAGAUGUGCUGGCGGUCACCUCGGUCUCGCAACGAACGCAUCAUGGAUUCGGCACAUCUUAUUACGCAGGAGAAUCCCAAAGCACUGGCGGACUGUCUGCGCCGGUUCCUCGGCAGUCUCCCGAUCCGCAACAAGCGUAAGGCCUUAAUGGACAAGACCAAGGCCCAGCACCACAUCCGUCAUGUUGUGGAACAGGUUCGCCUCCUCCACCUCCACAAGGCCAAGACUCGCCGGUACGACAACACCCAGCCGCCAACCAACGACGUUGGUGCGAUCCACCACCUGGGAUUCCCUCACAUCAUUGAUGCCAUCCUGGCCAGCGCCGAUAACGAGGUGUGGAUGUGGAUGUCGUUCCGCGCUACAUCCAAGUUUUACAGGGACAGGCUCACUCCUUGCCUUGUGAACCAUCUCGAAAUCACCGCAGCUCCCAAGCCAGGAAGGAUCGAAGUACGCUCCCAUGGUGGAAGGCUGUGUUCUGUCACUACCCGGCCUACAAUCUUCCCCAAGCUGUACACCAUGCCUACUCUGUUUCGAGACACUGCAGUUCUGGACAUUCACGCGGAUAAAGUGACCUCCAGGGACUUGCGUAACCUUGCAGCCGCUUGGGACAAGACUCCCACCAUUCUCAACGCGGUGCGCGUCCUUGACUUUCCGGAUGAGGGCUGGCCCUCCAUGUCGCCCAUCCCCGCAGCGACUUAUGUUUUCUUCAUGCCCACCAUCUUGGCGUGCCCUGCGGACCUCCAGCCCCCUGCGACCCUCGCUUCCUUGAUCGUCACUCCGUACGAGACCAGGAAGGUUGUCCUCAACGUUUGUGGCCAGCACAACCUCCCCUGGGCAUACCUCCACUCCUUCAUCGACUUUUUCCCAGGCCUCGAUGACCUGGUCGUCAACUUUACAGAGGAUGCUGGAUUUGGGAGUGAACGGUGCACAUUCAACUGCCACAACAUUGGCUUCAUCUUUGUGGGAGCGCUUAUCGCACGCCUCAUGAACGACCCCAAGCACCGCGAUUUCAUCAACGUCACCCUCGUGAAUGCGAAGGCGCUUCAGCGGCGUCCGAAUGACCACCUUAACGCCAAGGAGCUUGUUACGACCGCGGUCGAGUCGACGAUGGACGUGGUGGGUUGGGAUCAGACGGUCAAGGACAACGUCACCAAGCGCAUCAACUAUCUCACUUCUGACGAGUAUCGGGCGCUUGUAGGUCCCCGCCAGUAUGCAAUUGAAACCCAGAAUUAG